AUUUUUAUGAAAUAAUCAAAUAUGGCAAAACCUAUACCAAAAAUGGGUUCGCGUAAAAAUGGACGUAUUGGUUCGCGUAAGCAUGCUCAUAAAAUACCAAAGGGAGUUAUUCAUGUUCAAGCUAGUUUUAACAAUACUAUUGUGACUGUUACAGAUGUACGUGGUCGGGUUAUUUCUUGGUCCUCCGCCGGUACUUGUGGAUUCAAGGGUACACGAAGGGGUACACCAUUUGCCGCUCAAACCGCAGCAGGAAAUGCUAUUCGAACAGUAGCGGAUCAAGGCAUGCAACGAGCAGAAGUCAUGAUAAAAGGCCCCGGUCUCGGAAGAGAUGCGGCAUUAAGAGCUAUUCGUAGAAGUGGUAUACUAUUAAAUUUUAUACGGGAUGUAACCCCUAUGCCACAUAAUGGAUGUAGGUCUCCGAAAAAAAGACGUUGGAAGUGUGUUGAAUCAAGAGUAGACAGUAAACGUCUUUAUUAUGGACGCUUUAUUCUGUCUCCACUUAUGAAAGGCCAAGCCGAUACAAUAGGCAUUGCAGUGCGAAGAGUUUUGCUAGGAGAAAUAGAGGGAACAUGUAUUACACGUGCAAAAUCGGAGAAAAUACCACAUGAAUAUUCUACCAUAGUAGGUAUUCAAGAAUCAGUACAUGAAAUUUUAAUGAAUUUGAAAGAAAUUGUAUUGAGAAGUAAUCUGUAUGGAACUCAAGACGCAUCUAUUUGUUUCAAAGGUCCUGGAUAUAUAACUGCUCAAGACAUCAUUUUACCACCUUCUGUGGAAAUCAUUGAUAAUACACAACAUAUAGCCAACCUAACAGAACCUAUUAAUUUGUGUAUUGGAUUAAAAAUUGAGAGGAAUCGCGGAUAUCGUAUAAAAACACUAAAAAACUUUCAAGACGGAAGUUUUCCCAUAGAUGCUGUAUUCAUGCCUGUUCGAAAUGUAAAUCAUAGUAUUCAUUCCUAUGGGAAUGGGAAAAAAAAACAAGAGAUACUCUUUCUCGAAAUAUGGACAAAUGGGAAAGAAGAUCCCUUUCAUUUAGAAAAAAAUCAACACAAGGUUACUUUACCCCUUUUUACUUUUCAUGAUAUAUUGGCUAAGGAUAAACUGAGGAAAAAUAAAAAAGGAAUAGCAUUGAAAUCCAUUUUUAUUGACCAAUUAGAAUUGCCUCCCAAGAUCUAUAAUUGUCUCAAAAGAUCCAAUAUUCAUACAUUAUUAGAACUUUUGAAUAAUAGUCAAGAAGACCUUAUGGAAAUGGAACAUUUUCGUGUAGAAGAUGUAAAACAUAUAUUAGACAUUUUAGAAAUAGAAAAGCAUUUCGCAUAAAUUUGAAAUCCAUUGGCAUUGGUUUUUUUUUUUCAUAUUUUUAUUAUUUAUAAAAAUAAAGGUGAAAAUGUGUAAUUUGAAUCCUUAGAAUAAAUCCAUAUACUCGGAAUAGGCCAAAAGAUGUAUCUAGGGAUUAGUCGUUUCAAAAUGAAUUCUCCCUAGAUACACAAUAUACAUGGCAUGAUAUUUUAUUUCACAAUUGAAUCCAUUUAAUUAAAAAGUUUAAAAAAGACCUAAAAUUAGAGAUUUCUCAAUAGGUAAUGUUGCUCCAAUACCCAACCAAAGGGCUACUAUGGUACCAAUUAAAAAGAUGGUUGUUGCUACUGGACGGCGAAAUGGGUUUUGGAAUUUAUUAACAUUUUCCAAAAAGGGUACUGUUAAUAAUCCCAUAGGUACCGAAACCAUUAAAAGAACGCCUAAUAACUUAUUGGGCACUGUACGAAGUAUUUGAAAUACGGGAAAGAAAUACCAUUCGGGUAGUAUUUCCAAAGGAGUUGCAAAUGGAUCCGCGGGUUCUCCAAUCAUUGAUGGUUCUAGAACCGCUAAUCCUACGUUACAGGCAAUAGUACCCAGAAUUACUACUGGAAAAAUAUAUAAAAGAUCAUUGGGCCAUGCAGGUUCUCCAUAAUAAUUAUGACCCAUUCCUUUAGCCAAUUUAGCUCUUAAUACAGGAUCAUUCAAGUCAGGUUUUUUUGUUAUUAGGAUAGGUGAAUUCUUAUAGAUCCAUCCUCCGAAAGAACCGGACAUGAUAAUUUUUCAUCAUCCGGCUCGAGCACGAAUCAAACAUUUCGAAUGUAUCCAUAGAAAAAAUGCAUAUGUUAUCCACACAUAUAGAAAGAUUCCAUGUAAGAAAAUAAACCUUAUUUUCUUCUCCGAAGUUACAAUUAUCUUAUCUGCAAAAAAAAAAAAUUAAGUUCUUUUAUUAUUAAGUAAACUUAAGUAAACGCUCAAUACCCAAGUAGGCUUUCAAAGUGAAUAGUGCUUUUUGGGUGAUCUCAAACCUUGCAAUUCUUACCCCCCCCCAAAAAAAAAAUCUUGGAACUUUUUACGUACAAAGGAUUUACUUGUUACUAAUAUAAUCUAACCCCUGUUCUUCUUUAGAUCCACUUGGUUUACUCCGAUAGUAUCAUAAAUCGAGUCAAUGCAUAGGAAAUGAAUGCAUUUCCAUACUAUUAAGUUCAGUGAAAUAGAGAAAAUAUAAUUCAGAUUAUCCCACAUCACUUUUUUUACUGGAUGUUACGGAGCCUGUUCAUGCAGGAUAUGAUCGAGUCUGAUCAUAGAAAAGAUUCUUUACAAGUGAAACCAGCCUAUCCUCUGUAGGGACGGACCUUGCGUGGUAGUUGGAAUAAAGACACAUUGAAUUGUAAAUUCAAAUGUGGCAGAUAAGAGAAAAUCAUAUAUCUGCGUGGCCCAAUCAAUAGUUCAAGUCACACACUCCCAUAAUCCAUUUCUUCUUCGUAGAAUUCCCUUCAACUAUUCGUGUAUGUAAAAAAUAAUAAUAAUCCAAUUUUGUUAAAUUGAAGGAAAAUAUCCAAAUACAUGUCUUAUUCUUUUAAAUAAUCCAUAUUUGUAGCAAUGAAAUAUAUUCCUCCCCCAAAUAAGAAAUGAUUAAUUACAAAUAUCUAUGAUUCAUAUUUACUAUAAAGGACCAGAAAUGCCUUGCUUACGUAUCAUUGGAAAGUGCAUUAACAUAAAUACGGCAGUAAGAAGAGGUAAUACAAAAGUAUGCAAACUAUAAAAACGAGUCAAGGUGGAUUGUCCCACACUAGAACUUCCGCGUAAUAACUCUACCAAAGAGGAUCCUAUUACAGGAAUAGCUUCGGGCACGCCUGUUACAAUUUUGACUGCCCAAUAACCAAUUUGAUCCCAAGGUAAGGAAUAACCAGUUACACCAAAAGAUGCGGUCAAUACAGCCAAAACUACACCGGUAACCCAAGUUAAUUCGCGAGGUUUUUUAAAGCCACCUGUGAGAUACACGCGAAAUACGUGCAGAAUCAUCAUUAAGACCAUCAUACUUGCCGACCAUCGAUGAACUGAUCGGAUUAACCAACCAAAGUUAGCCUCCGUCAUUAUAUAUUGAACAGAAGCAAAAGCUUCAGUAACAGUCGGACGAUAAUAAAAAGUCAUAGCAAAUCCCGUCGCUACUUGGACUAAAAAACAAGUAAGUGUAAUUCCUCCUAAACAAUAAAAUAUGUUUACAUGGGGAGGAACGUAUUUACUGGUUAUAUCAUCGACAAUCGCCUGAAUCUCAAGACGUUCUUCGAACCAAUCAUAGACUUUAUUGAGAUAGGUAAACUAAGGUACCCCCCCGAGAACCGUAUAUGAGAAUUUCAUCUCGUACGGCUCAAACAAAAAUACCCAAAUACUGGUUGUAAUGAAAACAGAUAUGUGUAAUAGAAAGCUUGAAACUUCUUAACGGAAUCCUAUGAUUCCAAUCUUUUCGGAAGAUAAGAAAAAAUAGAAAUCCGAAAACUAUUCUUUGUGGUUAUAAUGCCAAAAUAUCAAGUCGGCUCACUCGUCUUUAUUUACAGUAGGCCUCUUGAAUAUUCUAUUAUUUACUUCCAUUUUUUAUUUGUGUGUAAUGUUCUUUUUUUUACUGCUGUUUUCUUAAUUAUUAUUAUUGAUAGGAAUUCUCUUGUUAGGACCAUAUGAAUCAAUUAAAAAAAACAUCAGAUUCGUAUCAUGACCACGAUGAUUCAAAAAAAACCUUUAAUCGAAGUCCAAAAAUUCCCUGAGUAAGAACUGCUGGAUCAUCACUUAUUCAAUGAAUAGAUAGAACAAAGAAACAUUUGUCCGUUGAUCAAAAUAAAGAUAAUCGACGGAAGUUUUAAAUAAUUUUCAUUUUUCAAUUUAUUCUUUCAACUCUUUGAAAAGUUUUUUUAAAUCCAGUUACGAGGUCUAAAUAUUUAGUAUGAAUCAUAGUUCUAAUAUUUUAAGAAUAUUUUUGAUUUUCUAUAUUCCGUACUCCAGAUACUAGAAUAAAUAUCUGACGGGGUAAAAUCAUCUCUAUCAAGAUGACAGAUCCAUUUUUUUUAUGUUCUGUACUAUCAAUAAGAUCCAUUAUAACAAGUCACACACUCAUAUUCCGGAAAUACAGAAACAAAGAAGUUUCACGAUCAAACUACCAAAUCAAAAUGAAAUAGGCUAACGAUAAAAAACCUAAAUGCUUAACCUUAGUUUUCUAUUGAAAAGCUAGUUACUUGAUUCUUGUGAAUCUAAUUCAUAGAAAUUCCGUCCAGUAAAAUGGACGAAUUAUAAAUCUCCAAAAUAAUAGAUAGAAAUAUCGCAAAUAGAGCCAUUGCAACACCCAUCAAAGGAGUAGUUCCCCACCCCGGAGCUACUUUACCAUAUUCUGAAUUUAAUGGUUUUAAUAAAUCCCCUACAAUAGUUCGUCUUGGACUAGACUUAGAAUUACCCUCAACAGUUUGUGUAGCCAUAAAUCCUAUUUUAUAUUGAUUGAGAUCUGUUGACUUUGUAUACCAUUCCGCUGUAAAUAUAGGAUCUAUAUCCUAUAGAUCCAUUGUGGUCUUGAAAUUUUGGAAUUCUAAGAAUUUUUAGAAUUAUAAUGGAAACAGCAACCCUAGUUGCCAUCUCUAUAUCUGGUUUACUUGUAAGUUUUACUGGGUAUGCCUUAUAUACUGCUUUUGGGCAACCCUCUCAACAACUAAGAGAUCCAUUCGAAGAGCAUGGGGACUAGUUGAAAUAAUGAAAAAUCAUUUCAUUUUUUUAGUUGGAACUUUAGGGGGUUCUCUAAAAAAGAUAGCGAAAAAAAUGAUUCCUAAAGUCGAAACUAAGAGGAAUGUAUAAACCAAUGCUUCCAUAGAUUUAAUCGUGGUUUACAAUUAUAGCUUUCAUACCUGUUUAUUGUUUAUUGGAGCUCAUUUCUCGGAUAAAGAAAAAAAGUGAAAACAAAGUGUUUUGAGUCGAAUCAAGAUUUAUCUGGUUCUUUAUGUCAAAUUCAAAUCAUAACAACAAAAACAAAAAAAGUCGAAAAGGAACAAAAGAAUGCUCUAUCAUACUAUCUGUCUUCUUGUAGUUGGAUCUCCAAGUUUUUGGAAUGCUCCAAAUUCUACUUGAGCAUCCAAAUCUGGGUCGAUCCCAGCAAAAACAUCUCGGAACAAGGUUCUAGCACCAUGCCAAAUAUGCCCGAAAAAGAAGAGUAGAGCAAACGAAGCAUGUCCAAAAGUAAACCAACCUCUUGGACUGCUACGAAAAACACCAUCUGAUUUCAAAGUAGCACGAUCUAAUUCAAAAAUUUCACCUAAUUGAGCACGUCUAGCAUAUUUUUUCACAGUAGCAGGAUCACUAUAACUGACUCCAUUGAGUUCGCCACCAUAGAACUCAACAGUUACACCUACUUGUUCGACACUAUAUUUCGAUUCUGCCCUUCGAAAAGGAACAUCGGCUCUAACAAUUCCGUCUCCGUCUACUAAAACAACCGGAAAUGUUUCAAAAAAAGUAGGCAUACGGCGUACAAAAAGUUCACACCCCUCUUUAUCUCUAAAGAUGGGAUGCCCUAACCAACCAACGGCUAUUCCAUCUCCAUUAUCCAUUGAGCCCGCUCUAAACAAUCCCCCUUUUGCUGGAUUAUUGCCGAUGUAAUCAUAAAAAGCUAAUUUUUCAGGAAUUUUAGACCAAGCUUCUGAUAAACUUUGAUUUUCGGCUAGCCCAGCACCAACUCUUCGAUAUAUUUCUUGCUGGAAGUAUCCUUGAUCCCAUUGAUAACGAGUGGGACCAAAUAAUUCAAUGGGGGUAGUUGCUGAACCAUACCACAUAGUUCCAGCAACAACAAAAGCUGCAAAAAAGACAGCAGCGAUACUGCUGGAAAGGACGGUUUCAAUAUUUCCCAUACGCAAUCCUUUGUAUAGACGUUGCGGUGGACGCACACUAAGAUGGAAAAGACCCGCUAAUAUGCCCAAUGUUCCUGCUGCAAUAUGAUGAGAAGCUAUUCCCCCCGGAACAAAAGGAUCAAAACCUUCCACACCCCAUGCGGGAUUUAUGGAUUGUACCCUUCCCGUUAAUCCAUAAGGAUCAGACACCCAUAUUCCAGGACCGUACAAUCCUGUUACAUGAAAUGCUCCAAAACCAAAACAAACCACUCCUGCAAGAAAUAAAUGAAUUCCAAAAAUUUUGGGCAAAUCCAAAGAAGGUUUUCCGGUACGUUCAUCACAAAAAAUUUCUAGAUCCCAAUAAACCCAAUGCCAGAUAGCCGCUAAAAAGCACAAGCCCGAAAACACAAUAUGUGCUCCGGCCACACCUUCGUAACUCCAAAUACCCGGAUUCGUUAUAGUCCCCCCGGUGAUAUUCCAACCGCCCCACGAAUUGGUUAUUCCUAAACGAGUCAUGAAGGGUAUAACAAACAUACCCUGUCUCCACAUUGGAUCAAGAACAGGGUCAGAGGGAUCAAAAACUGCUAAUUCAUAUAGAGCCAUCGAACCAGCCCAACCAGCAACCAGAGCUGUAUGCAUUAUGUGAACAGAAAGCAAACGGCCUGGAUCAUUUAAUACAACAGUAUGAACACGAUACCAAGGUAAACCCAUGAAAAUACCCCUUAUAUCAACAAAAAAUAGACACUAUGUAACUUUAUUGCACUGGAAAAAACUAUACUAUGGAUUCUCACCUUUUACCUUUUAGUAGAUUAUCUCGGAGAAAGAAUUAAUGUUUGUUCUAGUUUUUUAGUAAUAGUGUUUAGUAAUAGUGGAACAAUCAUAUUUGUAGGAACAAGAAGAAGCAGAUCUAUUCUAUACCCGAUAAGUAAGAAUACGCAAUGGUGGGAAGGGGGGGUUGACAAUUUUCUCUAUGAGUAUUUAAAUAUGUAAAUGCAGACAUAUUCGUUUAUCACCCAAGGACCCAUUCGUAACAACUUUACUCUAUCUUUAUCUUUACUCUUCCCUUUUUUAUGAUUUAUAAAAAAUACAAUAUAAUAAAAGCAAAUUGUUUUUAACACAAUAAACCCAUUCUUACGUUUCCACACUAAAGUUAAAUAUAUUAUUUUAUUUUCUUUUUUUCUCUAUUUUAUGCCCAUUGGUGUUCCAAAAGUAACCUUUCGAAGUCCUGGAGAAGGAAAUGCAUCUUGGAUUGAUAUAUAGUGCGACUUGUCAGAUAUAUUUGGUCAUACGGGAUUUCCCCGUUCUCCCCCCCCGAUUGAGAUAUCCUCUCUUUCACCACCAAAAAAGAAUGAUUGAAUCAUCCAAAAUUUGGAGCGUGAAGUGUAAUGAAGUGCAAUUCGAUCGAUUUUUUAUUUUUUGGAGGGGGUAUCCAGAUUACUAUUCGAAAUUCAAAAUAAUUUAUGGUUGGCUUGCUUGGACCAAUAAAACGAAGUAUCCAGACUCUGUUUAGAAAAAAACCAAUUGGUAAUAUAUCCACAAUUACUACUUCUAUCAUAUCAUAUAUUUUACAGAAAAAAUGAAAUAAUAAAUUCAGAGAAGAGAUAAGUCGUAACAAAAAGACAUGGUAUUGUAAUAUUUGUCCUAUAUGUGCAAAUAAAAAUCGGGCAGAUCCUUAUCCUUACUUAGAGUAGAAAAGAAACCUAAAAGAAUUGAGGAAGUCCAUUCAGAAACAAGAAAAUUACAUUGUGAUUUGUGUUCGAUCUCGAUGAAAGCAAUACAUCAAUGAGAAGUUAGUUCAAUAAAUUUAGUACAUUUUUUUUCGUUAAAAAUUCGAAAGAGUCCAUUAUGAAAAGGGAAAGAGGGUUGAAAUAGACACAUUGAUUCCUUUUUGUUUAUAUGAUUUUUAGUGAACCGUAUGCAUCAAAAGGUGCAUGUACGGCUCUUAAGGUAUAAGAUUAAAUCCUAAUCAAUCGACUUUAUCGAGAAAGAUUACUUUUUUUAGGCCAAGAGGUCGAUAGUGAACUAUCGAAUCAACUUAUUGGCAUUCUGCUAUUUCUCGGUAUAGAAAAAUAUAACAGAGAUGUGUAUCUGUUUAUAAAUUCUCCGGGUGGGUGGAUAAUACCCGGAAUGGCUAUUUAUGAUACUAUGCAAUAUGUACAACCAGAUAUACAGACAAUAUGUAUGGCAUUAGCCGCUUCAAUGGGAUCCUUUCUUUUGGCAGGAGGAGAAAUUACCAAACGUCUAGCAUUCCCUCACGCUUGGCGCCAAUGAUUCUUUUAUUUGAGAAUAUAUAUGAAGACUAUACCUUCGCCAUAAAAAUACUUAAGUAAUAAUAGCAUGGUACUUCGAAUUCGAUAUACAAAUUUUUGUUUUUUAAACCAUUUGAUUAUGUAUCGAAAAAGUAGUAUGAAAGAGAGGGCUUUUACGAUUUUAUCUGAUCUAUCAGGAACCUAGUUUAGUUUUAGUGUCACAGACUUUUUUGUUUUUAGUUUUCAUACCAAAAAGCUUUUAACAAUAUUUAUGUCUAACAAUAUUUAUUUUAAUUAGAAAAUAAAAAACAUAUGAUAAAAAACAAGAAACUUUCGGAUUGCUGAAUAACAAAAAAGACGAAAUAAGAAAACAACGGAACCAUCAUAGUAUUUAAAAAAAAUACUCAAAAAGAAAAAGGAAGGUUGGUUAUUGUAUUAUUUAUUAUUUAAGGAUCUGGAUCCAAAAAACCCAGUAGAUUUUCUAUUUUUUUUUCUUCAAUGGAAAAAAAUCCAUAGAGAAAAUACUCUAUCCAUAGAGGAAAAAAAGAAAUUGCAUACGUGGAAAAGAAAAGCCGUAUGCAUCAAUACGCAAAAAAUGCUUGUACGGUUAUUGAAUCUUAUCUUUGCUCAUUUAUUUUCUUAUUUGUAUUUAUUCUUUUCACCUUAGUUUGAGGACGAAAGAAAAUAUUGACUAAUAUUGGGAAAAUCCGCAUCAAAAUCUUUAUCAAGAUAAAGAAAAGACUUAUAAAGUUAUAUAAUCAGGGUAAUGAUCCACCAACCCGCUAGUUCUUUUUAUGAGGCACAAACGGGAGAAUUUAUCGUGGAAGCGGGAGAACUACUGAAACUGCGUGAAACUAUCACAAGGGUUUAUGUACAAAGAACGGGUAAACCUUUAUGGGUUGUAUCUGAAGAUAUGGAAAGGGAUGUUUUUAUGUCAGCAGCAGAAGCCCAAGCCCACGGAAUUGUUGAUAUUAUAGCACUUCAAUAAACAAUUAGUAACUAAGAUUCUUCUCAAAAAAAAAUACAGGAUUUGAGAUUGAAUUUUAUCUCCUUAAUCCUUUUAAUUUAAUAUAACUUUUUUUUUCUAUUAAUUAAUCUAUUAAAUUAAUAAAAUAUAAGUAAUUCAUAAUCAUCGGGUUAGGAUUGAUCUAAACCGGCUCAUUAUGUCUAUAGGAUCCACCAUGCCAACUAUGAAACAACUUAUUAGAAACACAAGACAGCCAAUCCGAAAUGUCACGAAAUCCCCCGCUCUUCGGGGAUGCCCUCAGCGCCGAGGGACAUGUACCAGGGUGUAUGUGUGACUCGUUUAGAUCAUUCUACUAAUAAAAAAAAAAA